UCAGUUUUAUUAUUAUUAUUUUUAUAAAAGCACGAUGAUGAGAAUAAUAAUAGCUGCUACUUUAACCCUUCUCCUUUGUUUGCUCACUAUUCAUCCUCCUAACUUCUGCACUGCCCACUUUGACUCUGAGGUUCGUUGCAUUGAAAGCGAGCGACAUGCCCUUCUCAACUUCAAGCAACACCUUACAGAUCCUUCUAACCGCCUUGCCUCUUGGGCUGCUUCUGCAUCUGACGUGGAUUGCUGUCACUGGGUCGGUGUUGUCUGCGACAACCGCACCGGUCAUGUCCUCCAACUCCAUCUCAGAACCUUUUAUCCUCCGUAUGACGAGCUUACUACUGAUGAACAACAGGAAGCUCAAUAUGAAGCUUAUAAGAGGUCAGUGUUCGGCGGUAAGAUAAAUCCUUCUCUGCUUGAUUUGAAGCAUUUGAUUUACUUGGACCUCAGUUACAAUGAUUUUGGUGGUAUUCAAAUUCCCAAAUUCCUCGGUUCAAUGGGGAGCUUAAGAUAUCUUAAUCUCUCCAAUGUGGGAUUUGUGGGAUUGAUUCCUCAUGAACUUGGGAAUCUCUCUAAUUUGCACUAUCUCAAUCUUGGAGGUAAUUAUUAUAAUUAUUUAUAUGUCAAGAAUCUUCAAUGGCUCUCUGGUCUUCCUUUACUACAACACCUUGAUUUGAGUUCUGCAAACCUUAGCAAAGCCUCUGAUUGGCUACAGGAGAUAAACAAAUUCCCUUCCUUGUUAGAGUUGCGAUUGUCAUCUUGCGACCUUUCUGGUUUUGUCCCACCGAUACCCAGUAUUAACUUCUCAUCUCUCACUACCCUUGAUUUUUCAUACAACAGUUUUGAAAACACUUCGACUCUGUUUUGGGUCUUUGGUCUUCAUAAUCUGGUUUCUCUUGAUCUAUCUUGGAAUCUGUUUCAUGGUCCAAUCCCUGUUCAUCUCCAGAACUUGACUUCCCUUAGGCACCUCGAUCUAUUUUGGAACAAUUUCAACUCUUCAAUUCCCAAUUGGUUGUACAGUUUUAGUCAUCUUGAGUUCAUCAACCUCGGCUACAAUUAUUUCCAGGGUACAAUCUCUAGUGCCAUUGGAAACCUAACAUCUGUCAUUAGCAUAGACUUGUUAGGCAAUAAACUUGUAGGAAAGGUACCAAGAUCUUUGGGUAAUCUCUGCAACUUAAGGGAAAUUAGUUUGUCACACAACAAAUGGAGUCAAGAGAUAUCUGAAAUCUUUGAAAGUCUAUUACGAUGUGCUUCAAAUGGACUAGAGAUCUUAGAUUUGUCUAAUGCUCAACUGUCUGGGCCGUUAACUGCGGAACUUGGGCAAUUUAAAAAUUUGGUCAUUCUUUCUUUGGGGUAUAAUUCAAUUUCAGGUCCAAUUCCAUGGUCUAUAGGAAAUCUUUCGUCCUUGAGAUCCUUGGACCUUGAGAGUAAUCAAAUUAAUGGAACUUUCACUCAAAGUUUAGGACAGCUUUCAAAAUUAGAGUCUCUGAAUAUUGGUUUAAAUAUGUUGGAGGGUGUGGUUUUAGAAGUUCAUUUUGCCAAUUCAAUGAGAUUGAAAACACUUGUUGCAUCUCAGAACCAACUGACUUUAGAAGUAAGUGACAAUUGGACCCCUCCUUUUCAACUUAACCAUUUACAUUUGGGAUCAUGGAAUUUAGGGCCGAAAUUUCCUUUGUGGCUCUGUUCACAAAGGCAACUUUUGACCUUGGGCAUAUCCAACACAAGGAUUUUAGAUGCAGUUCCUCCUUCCUUUUGGAACUUGAUUUCUCAGCUCACUUAUCUAAAUAUCUCUCAUAAUCAGAUCUAUGGAGAGAUUUCACAUAUCCCAAUGAUUUUGUCCUAUGAUUCAAUAAUUGAUGUGAGUUCAAAUAACUUCACAGGUCCAUUACCUUGUAUAUCCUCUCAUGUGACCUUUCUUGAUCUUUCUAACAAUUCACUAUCCGGAUCUAUUUCUCACUUUUUGUGUUACAAGAUGAAUGAGCCCAAAAUUAUGGAGUUCCUCAAUCUUGGAAAAAAUCUUUUAUCAGGGAAAUUAAGUAAUUGUUGGAUGAUGUGGAAAAACUUGUAUGCCUUAAAUUUGGGAAAAAACAAUUUCACUGGUAGUAUUCCAACCUCCAUUGGAUCUUUGGUUCAUCUUUCGUAUUUGCACUUAGACAACAACAAAUUCUCUAGAAAAUUACCAUCCUCUUUGAAAAAUUGUAAGCAGUUGGUGACCAUUGAUGUUGCUAAGAAUGAUUUUGUUGGAAGCAUACCUUCUUGGAUAGGACAUAGACUUUCAAGCUUGGUGAUUCUUACCCUUCACUCAAAUAAUUUUCAUGGUUACAUCCCAAAAGAACUCUGUUCUCUAACUUCACUCCAAAUUUUGGACCUUUCACAUAAUAAGCUAUUUGGAAGCAUACCUAAAUGUGUCCACAAUUUUAGUGCCAUGGCCACAAGUAAUAGUUCAGAUUAUCCCUUUUCUUUAUUGCCCUGGUCAUCAGAUUAUGUUUCUGUGCCUUUUGAAAGUCAAUUGGUUGUGAUUAAGGGAAAAGAUCUUGAGUAUUCCACUACUCUUCAACUGGUAAAAAUUAUAGACCUUUCCAACAACAAUUUAUCAGGGGAGAUCCCUAAAGAAGUGAUGCAUCUCAAAGGAUUACAGUCAUUAAAUUUGUCAUUUAAUAUCUUGGCUAGAAGGAUUCCUGAGAAUAUAGGUGAUAUGGGAUCAGUGGAGUCUAUUGAUUUCUCAAGUAACCAACUUUCUGGUCAAAUUCCUCAAAGUAUGUCAAGUUUGACAUUUUUGAGUCGGUUGAAUUUGUCAAACAACAAUUUAAUUGGGAAAAUCCCUUCAAGCACUCAGCUACAAAGUCUAGAUGCAUCCAGUUUUUUUGGAAACAAACUUUGUGGACCUCCACUUAUUGAUAACUGUGCUAUAAAGGAUGUACAACCUAACACUAAAAAGAAAGAAUGCAAGGCUUUUAGUGGAGUUGAUGUGGAUUGGUUUUAUGUGAGCAUGGCACUUGGAUUUGUUGUUGGUUUUUGGGUUGUAUUGAGUCCUUUAUUGUUGUACAAGCAGUGGAGAUUUUUGUACUUUCAAUUCCUGGAUCACCUAGAGUACAAGCUUAGGGGUUUAGUGGCACAAACUUGGAAGCAUUGUAAGUAAAUGCUGUAAGAUUCUUAAUAUUUAGUGCAAAUAUCAUGUAAUCAUAUUAAUCAAUAGUUUGAUUAUUUCUUUAUCAUCUUCAAGAUGAUUAAUUCUUGUAUUUCUUGCUAAAUUCACUCCAUUAAAAUUUAUGAAUAUGAUGUUUCUUCUUGUGAACAUCAACGACAAUCCAAGUUGUAGUUUUAUUAUUCCUAUAGAUUAAUGGUGUAAAAUUACAUUUUAGUUCAUAAAAGUAAUUGAUUUAUUAAAAGUAAUAUUCAAUACCUUGCAAUGAUGCCCAUUUUUUCUUUAGAGUCUCUUAGUGAUCACUCUGUAAAGUCUCAAUAAAAAAGACAACAGAUUUUUGCAUAUCUAGGCAAACAAAAAAUUCUCUUUGUUACAAAUUGAAGGCUAUUUGGUGGAUUCCUUGCAACUAGUAUCUAAGAAGGAAGCAUAGGCUAUAGAGGAGUGCAUCUCGAAAGUCUACUUUGUCCCUGGUGAAAAAUUCAACCUUUGAUUUUCAUUGGGAAAUAGGUGAUAUGACACACAGUGUACUAGUAUGCUAUAGUUUUUUGGUUCAGAAAAUUUCUAUGUAGUUCCAUGUCUUGUGACUAAACCUCUUAGAUCACACUCAUGGAAGGCAUACAGGCCAAUCAAGGAGAAAUAUUUGAAAUCAAAGAAAAUUUGAGAGAGAGGGAUUGGAUGAGGUGAGGUUCAUGGUGGAUGUGAAUCUUAUGGGGAUUUCUAAAAUGAUCAAAGCAGCUUUUAUCACCAUGAAGAAUUGGAGGGAUUGUGGGUCAUGUCCUUCCAUGCUGGUCAGGUUGGUAUAUACAGUUGCUUGGCUUAUUCAGUGUGUAUCUUUGGGCUUCGUGGUUUGAUAGAGGCGUUGCACUAAGAGGUUUUCUUCCUUUGACCUCCAGGCAUUGAUACUCUUGAUUUAGUUGAAAGGUAUGGAAAUUGAGUUGUCUAUUUCCUUAAUUAUGCUGCAUUAUUCUUUUGAGUCUUAGUAACAUAUUGGUGACACAUAGUGUUGCAACUUGCAAGUAACAGGCUUGGUUAGGAGCAUGUGUUUAACUGUGACAAUUUUUUUUUUUUUUAGGACUCCUAGCUCUUUACUGUGAGUACUUGCAUAUGAUUUUGUAUAUCACAUGCCACAAUUGCAUUCUAGGAACUGAAGGAUUAAAAUAGCAUUUCUUAUAGCUGCAUUUUAUUUAACAUUAAUGGCAUGAUAAUUCUAACAUAGUUAGUUAAGUUUUCUCUAUGAUAGAUUAUUGCCUGCUCAUUUUAAUAAUAUUUUCUUCAAGAUGCUGAUCGCUCCUCACAUUGCUGAUUUCUUUGCUCAUCUAGACCAAAAUGCUUCAACACAAGGUAUAUCCUAUUGCAUAUUGCUUCGAAUGAAAGCUGAUUCUUUUCUCCUCAUAACUGAUUGAUAAGGUUGUCUAACCGUAUGUUUUUAUGUAAAUUUUACUUUUUUAGAAUAUUAUUGUUUACCUUUUUCUUUCACCUUCCUCUAUCUCCAGUGAAUCCUUUGGUUAACUCUAAAUAUGGAGCAAGUGAAGAUUACCCUGGUUGUACAGAUUUAACACAUACAAAAGCUAUUUGAAUCAUGUAGGCAUACUUGACUAUCUUGUUCGAUUGGCAAAGGAUGGGACUUAGUUUGCUUUACUUAAUUUUUUUUUUAAGAAUUCCUGUGCAAUAUAAUUAGGUGGAAUGGUAAUUAUAUUGGCAAAUUUGGUCUAGGGUGCUCUGGUGUGCAGAAUCAUCUUCAGCUCUUUUGCACAAGACAUUAUAGUGAUCAAGGAACUCUUGAAGCAGAAAGGAGGUGACUUUGACUAUUGAAGAGAUUUUCUAUGACGUUUUUGAAGAGCUAGAGUUAUAUUAAGACAGUUUCAAUAUAUAUCAAAACUUAAGGUAUGAAUUGGAUGAUAAAUUGUGUGGAUUUGAGGAGAUAUAAUUUGCUUACUGCUAUCUAAAAUUUUGAUUCUUAUCUGAAACUAAGGAUGCAAGAUUUGUUGGAUGAAGAUAUGCAGUUCUUAAAUAAAGAGAACCUUAUGACUGAUUUAAUUGACUUGAAUUAUUUGGUAGAGUAAAAUGAUGAACAUAUGUAAUUGGUAUUAGUUGCCAACCACCUCUAUGGUCAUCAUCAAAGGAGCUGCCUGUGUUCACUAGCAGUUAGCAGUAAAAGCAAAGUACAGAUUUCAAUCAGGCAACCUCGAUGGUUCAUCUUAUUUGUUUUUUCUUCUACAAGAUAUCUAGGGUAAAUCUUAUCCUAAUGCCUUGCUUUCGAAACCUAAAAAGCCAAAAAUGAAAAAUACAUGAAGACCAACACAAAAUAAGUUGUAAAUGAAAAUAAGGGGGGAAAAAAAAGAGAGGGACUCCCUGUCAACAAUAACUUAACAAUUAUUUUAGGUUUUUUUUUUUUUUAAUAAGAAAGACUUGUUAAUUUCAUCUUUCUCGAAUUCCUAUAUGCUAUAUGCAUGCUAGCAUAGAACCCAACAUAGAAGCAAAGUCUUUUUUAUCUAUCUUUAUUUUGAAUGCGUGAUAGAAUUUCACUGUCACAAAAGUUUAUGAAUUUUGACACUUACACCAUUUGUUCCAUUUCUGGUCAAGGUUUGCUUGUUAAGUUUUUGACUUGUCAACAAUUUUUUUUUUUUUGUUUGCGAACGAGUUAUGUGUAAAGAUCUGGAGUCUAAAUUAGUUUGUAGCAAUGAUCAAUUCGUUGGCAUAUUUGAUAAAGGCCUCUCAUUUCAAUGUUUCAUUGAUUUCAACCACAAAGGCACAAACUCAUGCUCACUGCUGUGCCCAUUCAUGUGUCAAGACAAAGUUAAUUACAAAUUUGUUGCAGUCCAUUGCUUUGAGUCAAUUACCAAUAUGUUGUUGUGAUGUUUGAUUGAGCAGUAACAAUAGUUGUUAAUGUGUUUCCACGCAUGACUCAGUGGCAAAAAGCAUUACCUUCUCUGUGUCGAUAUCAGUGUAUGUCAGCAUGUGAAUGUACUGAAUCAGAGGUGCUUCAACUCAUAGAGCUCCACUUCAUUUAAAAAAAAACCUCUAUAGAGGUCCAUUUUGUUUUUA